AGGAGGACCGCCCAGGCUCCGGGGCUGAUGGCGGAGGCAAAGCCCGCGGGCGGCCCGGAUGCAGCCGCUGGCCAUGCCGCGGAAAGCCUGGAAGCCCCGACGGGCGGUGGCGGCAGAGAACCAGGGGCUCCUCUCGGGGCCACACGGGGACAGGCAGGUCGCAAUCUGAAGGAGUGGCUGAAGGAACAAUUCUGUGACCACCCCAUCGAGCACUGCAAGGACACCCGACUGCAUGAUGCCGCUUAUGUGGGGGACUUGCAAACCAUUAAAAACCUGUUGGAGGAAGAGAGUUUCCAAAGCCGCAUCAAUGAGAAAUCCGUGUGGUGUUCUGGUUGGCUGCCUUGUACACCGCUGCGGAUUGCUGCCACGGCAGGACAUGGAAACUGUGUGGAUUUCCUGCUUCAGAAAGGGGCAGAGAUUGAUCUUGUGGACGUGAAAGGGCAGACUGCCCUGUAUGUAGCUGUUGUGCAUGGGCACCUGGAAUGCACACAGAUCCUUCUGCAAGCCGGAGCUGACCCCAAUGGGAGCCGUCACCACCGCAGCACCCCAGUGUACCAUGCUGCCCGGGUCGGCAGCACGGACAUCCUGAGAGAGCUGAUCAGGUAUGGUGCUGAUGUGGAUGUAAAUCACCAUUUGAUCUCGGGGACCCCCAGCCCAUCUUCCCGGCCGCUCACAUCCCUGGUUGUCUGCCCGUUGUACAUUAGUGCAGCCUAUCACAACCUGCCGUGCUUCCAGCUGAUUCUGCAAGCGGGAGCCAACCCAGAUUUUAACUCCUGUGGCCCCAUCAACAUCCAGGGCUUCUCCCGGGGCUCCGCUGUGUGUGUAAUGGAUGCGGUCUUGAGACAUGGGUGUGAUGUGGCUUUUGUCAACCUCUUGAUUGACUUUGGUGCCAACUUGAAUCUGGUGAAAUGGGAGACUCUGGGAGAAGGAGCUACAGGAAGGAUCAAAGUGGACCCAGAAGCCUUGAAGGUGUUCAAAGAAGCCAGGAGCUGCCCUAGGAGUUUGAUGUCUUUGUGCCGCGUGGCAGUACGAAGGACACUUGGGAAAAGUCGACUGCAGCUGAUCCAUGCUCUUCCAGUGCCAGACCCGAUCAUAAAUUUUUUACUCCAUAAACAGCAGUAAGGUCUCCUUGGAUGUUUUGGAGGAUAAUUUCCCUCCCUCCCUCCCUCCCUGUCCCCCCCCCCUUUAAUGAGGAUUUUGCUUUUUUUAAGAGUGAGCAAUUAAAAACAGGAAGAAAUGUUUGUUUAAUGCUAUAAAAUUAUUUUCAUGAUAUUAUUUCUGUUAAUUAUUCUAUAUAAUUUGGGUUUCAACAAAGCUGCUUCCUGGUGAAGAUGAUCUAAUGUGUUACAGUGCUUCACAUAUCAUGAAAAAGAUAGGACAUGGUCCUAUAGCUUUAGUGUAGACAGUAUUUGUUUUUAGUGGUGUGGAUGUGUUUAUUUAAAGCAUGUGCUGUUGUUCCAAAAACAGCUCAAGGUAUUUAUUUAGCAGGCAGUGUGGCGAGGCUGUGCCUUCAGGCUGCCACAGACACCUCAACCCUCCCCUUCUCCAUCCUGGGAUGAGGCAGCAACUCAGCCAGAGGGAGGCCAGGUGAGCAGUGCUGCCCUGACCUGCGAUCCUGCUCUUCUGAGGGCUCAGGAUGUAGUUCAGGGUCGCAAGCUACAUUGUUUUGGUUCCAAGACUUGCCUCAUCCCUUGCCAUAUGGCCAACUCCAAAAAGCUACAUAUUCCCAGUUGUGCCUUCACAAUACAAAUUACAUGUAUGUUUUUUUUAAUCCACUCAUCUGAUUUUUUCACGCUAUUCAAAUAAUCACCAGUAAAUUAUUGUUGCUGCCUUGAUGAUUAGCUGUUGUGGAAUUUAUUCCAGUUCCUUUUCAGCACAGUGUAAAGUAUGCUAAAAAUCUUGUCCAUCAGUUGCAUGAGGUAACCACAGUUCUGAAACAUUUUAUCUUGUGUGUGUGUGUUUAAGAAAUCAUGUUAGCUUAAAAAAUCUUCAAGGUAAGGCGAAUGCAGCAUUUUCUGAUGUCCAAAAUACAUACCUUUGGCUACUACUACUGAGUCUGAUCAGCUGCAUUGAUCACUGCCAUUGCACAAAGAGAAAAGUGAAGGAUCACAGGGAGGGUAGAAAUAAUUGUUUUCCUUAUAUAGUCAGAGAUAUCUCAAACCCAGUGUGUAAACAGACAUUGUACAUACAAAUAAAAAUGUGUGGGCCGGCCUGGGAUCAUGCUUGCAGAAGGGGCUGCAUAAAUAGGUUUUCUAUGCAGGACCUGUCCCCUCCAUUUUUGCAGAGCCAAAGUUGCAUGUGAGGAUCCUGCAUGUGCUGUGCAUUGGGUAUAGGCUCCUAUGCAAAUGAGGUCUUGAAUGUGUGCUGAUGAAUGCAAUCCUGGGUCUCCCUCCGCGCAUUCCUUUAUACUGGAUGGCCAUCUGCGUGGGGCUUCAGAGUUUACUGAUUUAGUGUGCUGUUGUUGUGAAUCAAUGCUUUCUAAAAACCACUAUAAGGGAAUCCCAGGACAUUUUACCCACACAUCCCUUUCUUCACAAUCUCCGACUGUUCUCAGGCUAUCUUCAGUGUCUGUGCCUCAUCAGAGCUAAUAUUAUUAUUUUGUUGGAAGCCACCCAGGGGGAAACCCAGCCAGA